GGGGGAGGAGUAAGAGGGAAAGGAGGGCGGGCGGGCGAGGGUCCCCCCGCCGCCUCGCUCACCGUCGCGCAGCCUCACGUACGCCAGGCAACGUCAUCGGGCCGCGCGGCGACGUUACGUCAGAGAGCGGCGCCAAGGGUGGGGCGAGGCCUGCGCGAGGAAGGAGCGGCCGCGGCCUGCGCGGCCCCGCGGUGUAAUGGUGAGUGCGGCCCCGGCCCGGACCCCGGCCUCCGGCCCGGACCCCGGCCCCGCUCUCACUGGUGCUCUCCGCAGAGCCAUGGAGCCGGGGCGCCAGACGCUACCGCUGGAGAACGCCUCCAUCCUCUCGGAGGGCGCCCUGCAGGACGGGCACCGCCUCUGGAUCGGCAACCUCGACCCCAAGAUCACCGAAUAUCACCUUCUCAAACUCCUUCAGAAGUUUGGCAAAGUAAAGCAAUUUGACUUUCUCUUUCACAAGUCUGGUGCUCUGGAGGGGCAGCCAAGGGGUUACUGUUUUGUGAACUUUGAGACCAAACAGGAAGCAGAAAAGGCGAUCCAAUGUCUCAAUGGGAAGCUGGCCCUUUCCAAGAAAUUGGUGGUGCGGUGGGCACAUGCACAAGUCAAGAGAUAUGAUCACAAUAAGAAUGAGAAGAUCCUUCCAAUUAGCCUGGAGCCAUCUUCCAGCACGGAGCCGCCCCAGUCUAACCUAAGUGUCAGUGCAAAAAUAAAGGCCAUUGAAGCCAAGCUGAAAAUGAUGGCAGAAAAUCCAGAUGCAGAAUACCCUGCAGCACCUGUUUAUUCUUACUUCAAACCGCCAGAUAAGAAAAGGACUACUCCUUAUUCCAGAGCUGCCUGGAGAUCUAGAAGAUGAUGCUUACGAAUGGAUAAUGGUAGCAAGAAACACUGCUUUGUACACCUGGAGUCCUCCAAUGCUUUUGUACUUUGUAGAGUGAGAAGGAUGCCGCCACCCGAGCACACGGCCACUGUAUGUGGCCCGGUGUUUGUAACACCUUAGGUGGUCUGCUGAAUACUCCUUACUGCCAGUGCAGCUUGACAGCUGAACGCUGUUCAGAAAAGUAGGUUCCCUUCAAAGCCUCUGAUGAACACGCAGACAACCUCUCGUUAGUGUGCAUUCAUUAGCAAGAUUAGAAACAGUAACCAGCGUAUGGAGUAAAGCACAUCCAAAAAUACUCCAUUUAACUGAUUACUUUUUAAAGUAUUUUUGAACAAAAAAUAUUCUGAUCUGUGUUUUUAAUGGAGGGGAAGCACUUGGUUUUGAUUAACGUUCUGUAGUUACCAUGGAAAACUUUUUCAUCUCAAUAAAUCCAUUUUAAAUAGAUUUUGCAACAUUUUUAGUAACUGUACAUGCAAUAUUUUAUAUGCACCAAAGCCAAUUUAUUUUGCAUUUCGAUUUGCAAACUUCUAAAGAUAUGACUUUAUGCUGUGAUACCCCUAAGAUAAGUCAUGACACAGCACAGGUAUUUUCAGCAUCAUUUAGGCUGUAGGUAUGUGCCUCCAUGUAGGAAUUAGUGCAUUCACAUGCCACUGAGGUCUGCUCUGCACCGUAAGCUUCAGAGCGCAGCAGUGGCCUCUCCAAUGCCAGCGUUCAGUAAUCGCCUUCGGUGGUAGCUCCUCGUAAACCAGACGUGACAACGUGAGAGUAGCGCUCCAGCCUCAGAGGCGUCUGUCAGUGCGUGACCUCAGCGCUUGCCCAGCAGCCAGACCAAGGGGGCCGGUGGCCGUAAAGUGGCCCAAACGUUUGUGGCGAAAUGGUUCUGCUGCACGCUGAGGAGUGCCUGCACCAGGUGCUUCAUUUACAAGUCUGAUGGAUGGCGUUUCACUUAAGCUGUUUGAUCUGCAGUGCAUUCUUCUCCCUAAAGGUUUAUCUGCAAAAUAGAAAUCUGAGGCAAAAAACGUUGUCUGGCAGCGUUUUCUCCUUACUCCGCGCAGUGCUGUGACUGUGCGUGAGGGGGAUGUCCGAGAAUGUGUGCGCUAGGGUCCAGGAGAUACUGGUCUGAUUUUGCCCGAUGUCAGCUCUCUCUAGCCCUUUGUAUGGUGAAUCCUUACCUUGUCGGUCACUCCUGAGUUGCUUCCCCAAGCUGGUUAACGGUGGUCUCAAACGAGAGGAGGAAAACAGUUUUUAAACAGCCCCUCGUUUCUGUACGCAGGUGUUGCUCACUGGCACAGCAAAGUAAGGUUUGUAUUCCUGAAGCGACACACCUACCUCCAAGCAGAGCACACUUCCUGCUGCCGAACCGAGCACCUGGAAUGGAGCUGUGCAUGUGUGUGAUGGAUGGAUUGUUAAAAGCCUGAAUUGUUCAAAAGUAGGUCUUGUGCUGUUAAAUAUUUGCUUUCUAGUUUUUUGGGUACCUGAGUAAAGAGAAAAGUAGUACCACUGGGAGUUUGUACCCCUAUGAAUGUCAAUAACACCCGUUUACAUUCCUCUGUGAA